CCGUGAGACCUUCUAGGACGCCCCGACUCCCGCCAACUCUAUGCCUCUUCCUGCUGGGAGUGAGAAGGGGCGUGGUUUAUGCGGCUCUAGUCGCUAAGGGGCGUGGUCCCGACUCCCGCUCUCCGGCGGAAGCCUGGGCUCGUAGCGGACGGGGGCUCCGGAAGGUUCCAGAGGGGCGGGGCGGGGCGGGAGCAGGCGCAGGCGCAGGCGCUGCGGUUGUGUCAGUGUCAGGCUGCCCCUCCCCACGGAUCGGCUGCAGCUUGUACGGAGCGGACAGCGCGGCCCAGCAUUCCCGCUAUGGCGUCUGCGCGGGAGGAGCUGGAGAAAGAUUUGGAAGAGGUGAAAGAGCUCCUGAAAAAAGCCACAAGAAAAAGAACUCAUGAUGUCUUGAUGGCAGAAAAGUACAAGCUAGAGAUCGAAAUCAAGAACCAGCCACCACCCAAGCUAAAAGAAGACACUACGGAGGAAGAGAAACCACCAGCUGUGGGAUACACAGUGAAAAUCAACAGUUACGGUUGGGAUCAGUCAGAUAAGUUUGUGAAGAUUUACAUCACUUUAAAUGGAGUGCAGCAACUUCCAGCUGAGAAUGUGCAGGUCCACUUUACAGAAAGGUCAUUUGAUCUGCUAGUGAAGAAUCUGAAUGGGAAGAAUUACUCCAUGAUAUUCAAUAACCUUCUGAAACCCAUCUCUGUGGAAGGCAGCUCAAGGAAGAUCAAGACAGACAUGAUCCUUGUGUUAUGUAAGAAGAAACGGGAAGAAAAAUGGGAUUGCCUGACUCAGGUGGAAAAAGAGAGCAAGGAGAAAGAGAAAGCCUCCUAUGACACCUCAGACCCUGGUGAGGGGCUGAUGAACCUUCUCAAAAAGAUGUAUGCGGAGGGAGAUGAUGAAAUGAAAAGAACCAUUAACAAGGCCUGGGUUGAAAGCAGAGAGAAACAAGGCAAAGGGGAUAUACCAUUAGAUAUUUGAGACUACUCCAAAAGCUGCCUUGACACAGACCUUCCAUAUGAGACUUUUGCUGUGCUGCAGAGAUGAGUUCUACAAGUGCAUUGUUUACACAACCUUCUUCCAAGCAAAGACACUUACCUGUUUUCCAUUUCAGGUUGGAAAAAAUAUUUAAAUAAAACCCUUAUAAAG